AUGGGAGUACUCCUGUUCUCUGCAACUUGCAGUUUACUUGUAACUGUGGUGCAAGGGCACAGUUUAUUCACGUGUGAGCCAAUUACUAUAUCCAGAUGUUCAGGAAUAACUUUUUUCCCAAACAUCAUGCGGCACUAUGAUCAGGACACAGCUGCUCUCCAAAUGGAGCCUUUUCUUACACUUAUGAAUCUUCACUGUUCACCAGACGUCCACACGUUUCUGUGCAAAGCCUUUGUCCCUGCCUGCCUGGAGCAAGUUCACGUGGUUCAGCCUUGCCGAAGCCUCUGUGAGAAAGUGUAUUCUGACUGUAAGCACCUGAUGGACACUUUUGGAAUCAUAUGGCCUGAAGAGCUGGAAUGUACCAGACUUGUCGAUUGUGACGAGGCUGUUCCUGCCACUGCUGCUGUAACCACAAACGUACACGGAACUUGGAAGACCCAGGGCCAGACCCGAAGGGAUUAUGGAUUCUGGUGUCCACGACACCUACACACUACCAAUGGACAAGGCUACAAGUUUCUAGGAAUUGAUCAGUGUGCACCCCCAUGUCCCAAUAUGUACUUCAAAAAUUAUGAAUUGGAUGUUGCGAAAAGCUUCAUUGGAAUAGUUUCCAUUUUUUGUCUGUGCGCAACACUUUUCACAUUCCUGACUUUCCUAAUUGAUGUUAAACGGUUUCGGUACCCAGAGAGGCCCAUCAUAUAUUACUCUGUCUGUUACAGCAUAGUUUCUCUAAUGUAUUUUAUUGGGUUUUUACUUGGGAACAGAACGGCCUGUAACGAGGCCAAUGAUAAGUUAGAAAUUGGAGAAACAGUUGUUCUUGGCUCCCAAAACAAAGCCUGUACUGUUCUUUUCAUGGCUUUGUAUUUUUUCACUAUGGCAGGAACUAUAUGGUGGGUGAUUCUUACAAUCACUUGGUUCCUUGCAGCAGGAAGAAAAUGGAGCUGUGAAGCUAUUGCACAGAAGGCCAUGUGGUUCCACACAGUUGCCUGGGGAAUACCUGGGUUUCUAACUGUUAUGCUCCUUGCAAUGAACAAGGUUGAGGGAGACAAUAUCAGUGGAGUUUGCUUCGUGGGUCUCUAUGACCUGGAUGCCUCUCUGUACUUCGUGCUUUUGCCGUUAUGCCUUUGUGUUUUUUUUGGUCUCUCUCUUCUUUUAGCUGGUAUUAUUUCUUUAAAUCAUGUGCGGCAAGUCAUACAGCAUGAUGGCAGAAACCAGGAGAAGCUAAAGAAAUUCAUGAUCCGAAUUGGAGUUUUUAGUGGGUUGUACUUGGUGCCACUUGUAUCACUUCUUGGAUGUUAUGUCUAUGAACUGGUGAACCGGAAAGUCUGGGAAACGACUUGGGUAUUUGACCACUGUGACCAGUACCAUAUUCCUUGUCCUUACCAGGCAAAGGCACUAGCAAGACCAGAAAUAUUUUUGUUUCUGAUGAAAUAUUUGCUGACGUUAAUUGUUGGCAUAUCUCCAGUCUUCUGGGUGGGAAGUAAAAAGACCUGCUCCGAAUGGGCCAGUUUCUUCAACAGAAACCGCAAAAGAGAUCCAAUCCGUGAGAGUCGAAGAGUGCUGCAAGAAUCAUGUGAAUUUUUCUUGAGGCACAAUUCCAAGGUUAAACAUAAAAAGAAGCACUACAAAUCAACUUCGCACAGACUGAAAGUCAUUUCAAAGUCAAUGGGGACGAGUACGGGUGGCACAACAAAUCAUGGAACUUCUGCAGUAGCAAUCACUAACCAUGAUUACUUGAGCCAAGAAACUGCUGCAGAAAUAAAAACCUCUCCAGAGACAUCUGAGAAAGAGAUUGAGGCAGAUGGACCAUCAGCCCGAAGAGCUGAGGAAGGUGAAAACAGUGGAGAUCAAAUGUUAUCUGGUUCUAAACUGACCGUGGAUCAGGUGGAAAAAAGAAACAAAGCAGAUAGCACAUGUGAUAUGAGUAGCUUGGCAGAGAGUAUAAAGAGAGCAGGUGAAGGCAGAAUAACUCCUAAAAAUGAUUUUAUUGAAUCUCCUCCAUUACAAAGCAGCUUUUCCCAAAUACCUGAUGUCUCUCAGUCAGCCUCUGUACCACUACUUGUCUACUCGGCUUCAGACAGCAGAAGAGAGUUGGAUUCAGGAAACAGUUCAAACCUUUGA